AUGAGCGCUUCGAAGUUCAUAAAAUGUGUUACGGUCGGAGAUGGAGCUGUCGGGAAGACAUGUAUGCUCAUCUGUUACACAAGCAACAAGUUUCCUACUGAUUAUAUACCGACUGUGUUCGACAAUUUCAGUGCCAAUGUCGCUGUGGACGGCCACAUCGUGAAUUUAGGGCUAUGGGACACUGCAGGACAAGAAGAUUACAGUAGACUGAGACCAUUGAGUUACAGAGGAGCUGAUAUCUUUGUCUUAGCCUUUUCACUCAUCAGCAAAGCGAGUUACGAGAAUGUACUCAAGAAGUGGAUGCCUGAACUUCGUCGGUUUGCGCCAAAUGUUCCCAUAGUCCUUGUUGGUACAAAGCUAGAUCUCAGGGAUGAUAAGGGAUACCUAGCGGAUCACACAAAUGUCAUUACCUCUACUCAGGGAGAGGAAUUGAGGAAGCAAAUCGGUGCAGCUGCUUAUAUAGAGUGUAGUUCCAAGACUCAACAGAAUGUGAAAGCUGUUUUUGACACAGCGAUCAAAGUGGUUCUUCAGCCUCCGAGGAGGAAGGAAGUGACAGUGAGGAAGAAGCAACACAGAAGAUCCGGUUGCUCCAUUGCGAGUAUUGUCUGUGGAGGCUGCACGACGGCUUAG